GACUAGUAAUGUUGAGGGUAGAAUACUGCGAUGUGUUUUGUGUCUAUUGUGUGUUUUGAUUUGUGUUCAUGUUGAGAUGAACUAUCUCAUGUAAGCUACCUGAGUUAUACAAAUAAAACACUCAUUUUGCAACAGCAUCAAAAUGAAGAGAAGCAGAGCUAUAAUAUUCGGAAAAAUAAAUGCAGAUUGUUUACGAAAUCCAGCAGAAGAAACCAGUGCCGUAAAGACAGUGGGCACUUUCGGUACCUUUGGUAACAAUCAGAAAAACGAUACAACAAAAGACGAGGAAUACAAAGACACGGAGGCGAAAGGUAUUUACGAAGUAAUGGGUUUCGGUGGUUUUGGGAAAAAGUCCAAGCAGUUCGACAUCGAGGAGAUGGUCACUGAAGCAACGGAGACUGCGAGAAUAAGACACAAAGAUGCAGUUGAGAAAACUACUGACAAACUGAAGCCACUUUCUCUGUCAAAUGAUCCGUCAGUUCCUUCGCCUAACGACAGUUCCGACAGUGAAUCAAAUGAAGACGACUUAAUUGGACCUCCGGUGCCAAAAGAUCUGUCAUCCACGCAGGAUGAUAAAACUGAAAAAUUAGGAGUGGACUCCAGUGCCGAAAGAAAUGAUGCCGUAGACAGUAGUGAUGAAGACGAUAGCGAUGACGAGCAAGAUCUUACAAAAACUAUACCAAUGAGUCAUGAAGUAGAAAUGCUGCAUGGUUCAAAAGCUGUCACAUCUGUAGCGGCUGAUCCGGCUGGUGCCAGGCUAGCUACCGGUUCCAUCGACUAUGAAAUAAGGUUCUGGGAUUUUGCUGGCAUGGACGCUUCUUUGCAAAGUUUCCGAACUUUACAGCCAUGUGAAAAUCAUCCAAUUCUUAGUUUACAGUACUCCAUCACUGGUGAUGUUAUUUUAGUAGUGUCAAGUUCAUCACAGGCGAAGGUACUGGAUAGAGAUGGAUUCGAAGUUAUAGAAUGUGUCAAAGGUGAUCAGUAUAUAAGCGAUAUGGCGAGAACAAAAGGCCAUACAGCUUCUCUGAAUGGUGGCUGCUGGCAUCCCAAAGUAAGGGAAGAAUUUUUGACCUGUUCUCAAGAUAGUACCUUACGUCUUUGGGACAUUGAGAAACCAAACCUCCACAAAAGUUUAAUAAAGUGCCGAGCACAGAAUGGACUGAAAACUGCACCAACUGCAUGUGCUUAUAAUCGUGACGGAAAUUUGAUUGCUGCUGGUUGUAUUGAUGGGUCAUUGCAGAUGUGGGAUCACCGGAAAAUGUUUGUCAACACUACAUUAAUGCUCCGUGGGGCUCAUCAGAAUGGUUCUGAAAUAUCAUGCAUUUGCUUUUCAUAUUUAGGAAAUUCAUUGGCCACUCGCAGUUGUGAUGAUACCAUGAAAUUGUGGGAUAUUCGUGCCUUCAAAAAGCCUCUUACUGUUUUUGAAGACUUGUUUUCCCGCUAUCCAACGACAGACUGUAUGUUUAGUCCUGACGAUCGUAUGCUGAUAACUGGAGAAAAUAUGAAAAAAGACAGUACAUCAGGAAGGCUGCUUUUUUAUGAUACCUCUUUAUUUACAAAAGUUAAUGAAAUCUCUGUGACAGAUUCUCAUGUGAUAAGAACACUCUGGCAUCCAAAGCUAAAUCAGAUAUUUGUUGGCUGUGGUAAUGGGACUGUGAAAGUUUACUAUGAUGAAAAGCGCAGUCUUAGGGGCGCUAAGUUAUGUGUAGUUAAAACUCACAGAAAAGUGAAACAAGUUGGUGUGGUUGCUGCUCAGCAGAUAUUGACACCCCAUGCAUUACCCAUGUUUCGACAAGAAAAGCCAAAGUCAAUAAGAAAACAAAUGGAAAAGGAUAGACAUGAUCCUGUGAAGUCGAGGAGGCCUGAUCUGCCCAUUUCUUCUGGACAAGGUGGCCGUGUCGCACAGUCGGGUGGUACUCUUAGUUCGUAUGUUAUACGCAAUCUAGGUUUAAGCAAACGUGUGGAAGAUGACCAGGAUCCACGAGAAGCCAUACUUCGCUUUGCUAAAGAGGCUGCAGAGAAUCCAUAUUGGGUUUCUCCAGCUUACUCAAAGACACAACCAAAGCCUAUUUUUCAGACUGAUGAGGAUGAUGAAACAGAGGAAUCUACAUCAAAGAAACAAAAGACAGAGUAAAUGAUUUAUCAUUAUAUGUUGUCAGUGAGAUGUUUAUGUAAGGUGGUAGCACUUGUGACUGCGUGUACUAUACGUUGAGACUUUUCACAAUGAACUGCCACCAUUGUUAAUUUUUGUGGCACAAUACUAUUUGUGGGUGAGUUACCACAUCAUAUUUCUCAGAAAAUAAUUCUUUAUUGAGAAGGAAGAGUUUUAUGAAAGCAACUAGCAGAUUAUAUCAAAUCUUACAUGCAUCCACUUCAAAAUAGCUUUUGUAAAUAUGUUAUGACAGUUCAUUGUACUCAUAAUCUUGUAAUAUUGUUGUAUUUAUGCAUAUAAGUUUAAUUAUAAACAUACUUUGUAUGAUGGAAUAUUGGCUGUUAACAUAUUGUUGUGCUACUAUAAAAGAAAAAUAAUAAAUAUGUAGCCAGUUCUUUUAGUAUAAUAACAUUAAAGAGGUAGGUGGAUCUAUGCUAAAACUAAAGUAUCAAAGAGGACUCAUUGUGUAAUUAUUUAUUCUGUAGAGACAAAUACAAGUUUUCUUUUGGACUGUGGACAUAUAAUUCACAUCCAAAUUUUUGGGAACAGUUACAAAAGCUACAGUUUACAGGGUAAACCUGGACUGUACUGACAAAAUUUUAGAAGUUGUUUAGAGAUGUUGCAUGAGUAUCUUGGUAUAAGGACCCAUGGUCUCCUGUGGCUCAUGACAGAGUAAUUAUGUUUGUUUGAUAUCUCAUCCCAGUUUAUUUCUGUAUCUGUAAUGGUGGGCUCAAGACAUUGAAGAAAAAUAAACCUAAAAAAGCAUGUUCUAUAGUAACUAGUUGAGAACAAGGGACAAAUGUAAUAGAGCCUUGUUGAUAGAAUGAAUAGAGAAGUAAAACAGGACAUCUGCAAAGGGAAAAAUGAAAACUUGGGGGAAAAUGUUAGGAAGUCGAUUAAUGCAUGGGGGUCACAAAAAUGGUGGCAGCAAGGAAAAUAGUUGUAGGACUGAUGAAAGAAGUAAAAAAAAGAGCAAACAUCCUGAGUGUUGCUCAGGCAGAGAAGCAUUUUAAAGGCCUACUAACAGAAAAAAGGGCAGCAGUACAAGGAAAUAAAGUGGGAGGUACAGGAGAACCAGGGCGGUGAAGAGGUAGAGAAAAUAACUACAAAAGAGGACAGAAUGUCACUACAUAAAUGAAAAUUGGGAAUUUGUCCAAUGGAAUUAGUGAGGUAUGGUCCAAGCAUUCUGUAUGAAUGUCUAAGUAAGUUAUUUAAUCCUUUGACUACCACUUUUAUUUCAAAAACUUAUGGUUAUUUUAAUUAGUCUCUUAUUCAGAAGUAACAAUAUGAAAAGAGUAUUUCCCACCAUUUCAUUUUCCAAGGGGUGGGUGAUAGGACUUGCAGGAUUAUUCGUAAGUACCUCCAGGGUUUCAGAAGAUGACUGCGCAAAAACUACAAAAUGUACGAAAACAGAUGUGUCAGUGGACAGAGCAUCUCUCCAACAUUGGAAUUCACACUGCAGUUGCUCAGUGUUUGCUUUGUUCAUGAUGUCACAAGUAUCAGUUCAUGGGUGCAUGUUGUUAAUGUGUCUGUGAUGGUACAAAGGCAGCUAGCUCUGUGAAUCUGGUAAUUGGGUUGCCUGCCUGUAGGUGUGAACUAAUUCGAUGGGACAAUAUGGAGACAAGUGUAAAUAAUGAAACUUGAGGACAGAACAGCCUGCAACUGCAAACUGUAAUUACAAGAAUUGUGCUAAUCAUUAGUUGUCUUCCCUGUCACCGAUGGAACAUUGAUACAUAGCAGUAACACGCAACUAAUUCCAAUUGCUUCUCUGAUUACCUCCCGUGAGCAACAUCUGUCCCAUAAUAGUCAGAAGUUUAAUUAAUGUAUGAGAUAUGGGGAAGAAAUUCCAGCACAGUGGAACUUAGCGUAUCUAAGCCCCAUAUAUAAGAAAAAGAAGCAUGGAAGUUUCUAGCAAUUGUUAUGGCAUAAGUGUCACAAGUUCAGUUAGCUGGCUGUACAGGAGGAUUUUAAAAUCAAAAAUGGAGAAGAUUCUAAAUGAACAGGAGCAGAGUACCUUUAGAAGAGGCAGCUCAUAUGUAGAUAACAUCUUUACCCUAAGACAGAUCAUGGAGAAGAGAGUGAAAAUGGAAUCUAAGCAAUCAUUUGGCCUUCAUAGAUCUUGAUAAAGCAUUUGACACAGUGCCACUAAAGCUAUUAUUAAGGUGCUGUGCUUAGGGGAACUGCCAAAAAAUUAUGCAAGAAGUAUUACAAACCUCUACAAGUUGGCAGAAUUUGUUAUUAAAGUGGGGAAACAAAUUUCUAGAGAGGCCUUCAGAAUAAUUAAAGGGCUCAAAAAUGAGUUUGAAGGUUAACAUUCAUUGAUACAAAUCCACAAGACCAUGGAAAGGGUGGCUAAGGGGUGUCCAAAAAACGAUGGAGAGAAGACAAUGAGGAAGAAUGGUGGGAUCAAGGUGUUAGGCGGCAGAGAUGCUGGAUGCAGCGACAGCUGUAGGACCCCCGCAACAACAAGAACAUCAGUUGUAACGCAAUGCAGUUGUAAGUGGUAUAGGAAGCAUGUGUUGUUUGAAAACUAAUGUGUCCCACUCACUCACAGUAUUUUCUGUUGACGACAGUGUUGCCCACUUUGCUCUUCUCCCUCAAAAUUUCAUUCAGGACUGCUUGGUUCUGUCAUAGGUUUGUUUUUCCAAGAGUGUUAGUUGUUCGUUAACAGCAGUACACAUCAUUAUGGAUAGCUUCACUGAUAAAGAGAUGGCCAUUAUGCAUCUCAUGUACGGAUUCACCAAAACCAAUGGAAGAGCAGACCGAUGAUGCAAUGCUGAUCUGCCCAUGCAGUGACAGCAAUCACAUUGCAGUACUUUUACAUCCGAGGGUUGUUGCAUUACUCCUUAUUUUGUAUUGUUCAUUUUGGUGAUUGCAUAUUACAAGCUUUUUUUAUUGUUUUGAAGGUAUGUUCACAGAGAUAAAGAUAAUUGGGGUGGCAAACCAAGUAAAUUACAUUAUUCCUGUGUAAUUAGUCACCAGAUACCAUGGAUCCCUUAUGCUAAAAUACUUAGAAAAUAUCCCCAAACAACCUCCAAAAUUUCGAUGCUGAAGUUUGUGUUCAGCCUGCAUAUCAGUCAGUUAUAAGUAAUGUUGUACAAUCAAAACAAUACUCUAAAGUGAACUGCUUGUAACAAACUGGUACAUCCUUGAACAAUGGUAGUGAUAGCUUCUCAGUACUGACAUUCUGUAUAGUAUUCUGUCUUAUCAAGAAACACAAGUCUUAAAAAAUGAAACACUAAUAGGAACAUAUUUGUAAACUGAAUAGCCUGUUACUGUAGGACUUUUAAUUUUAAUUAUUUGUGUUGAUAAAUACUGUUUUUGUCAGUUCAUUCCCCCAUUAUAUCCUCUGUCACAGCCUUCUGUGUAUAGUUUUGUGUGAUAGCCAUAUGCACAAUUUUUUAGUGUGUGGUAAAGACAACAAAGAGUUCCAUUACAUCAACACACAUUUCACUCAGAAUUAGAUACAGAUAUCAUGUGGGAGCAAGGGAAUCAUUUUGAGUAGAAAUCUUAUGUGUUAAUUUAGAGAUUAAGCUCAUUUGGUAGUAGCAUGAUAAUAAUAGAACAUAACAAUCAACUUAUGAAAGAAGUUAACAUGAUCAAAUUCCUGGAAUUAAAUGUGGACAAGAACUUAAGCUGGAAUACACAUAUUGACUUCCUAUCAAAUAAAAUAUGCAGUUUUGCAUUUGCGAUGCAAAUACUAGCAAUUUCCACUGACCUGAGUACAUGAAAAUUUACUAAUCAUAGUUAUUUUGAAGCUGUUAUCAGAUAUGGUACAAUUUUCUGGGGAAGUUCAAGUAACAUAUCUCGAAUACUGAAACUGCAAAAGAAAAUUGUCAGAUAAAUGUGUGCUAUACAGCAAGCAGAGUCUUGUCGCCCGUUAUUUCGAAAACUACAAAUCCUAACUGUUCCCUCCAUAUGCAUUUGUGAAAUUAUAAUCUUUCUACACAGCAGACAAAAGUUAUUUGAGGAGAAUCAUUUUAACCACACAUACAACACAAGAAAUAAAAAUAAUUUUAUGCUACCCGCACACUAGUUGCAAUUAUAUGCAUGGAGUCUACAGUAUAUGGGGAUGACAAUAUAUAAAAAAGUUAAUUGGCAAAAAGAUAUUUAAUACGAAGGCAGAAAUUUUAAAAAUGAGACUACAACAGAUUCUGUGGGGAAAAUGCUGCUAUACAGUAGCAGGAUUCAUUGAAGAUGAAAUGAUAAUUUAGCAAGGGGUAAUUAAGUGUUAGAUUUUAUUGUAUGUACACAUAACAAAUUUGUAUUAUUGUAAUGAUGCUGUUUGUUAACAUCAGCUGUUCUGUGUUUAUUGUGAAAUUUUAUUGCAAUUUUGAUGUGUCUCCUGUACCUGAAUCAUAUGAUUUAGAUUAUGUAAGUUAUGAGACAAAUAAACCACAAUAAUGUAA